AUGGGCGACGAUUAUAUGGAUGAUGAUGAGGAUUAUGGAUUUGAAUACGAAGAUGACAGUGGAUCGGAACCCGACGUGGAUAUGGAGAAUCAGUACUACACAGCGAAAGGAUAUCGAUCGGAUGGAAAGCUCGACGAAGCGAUCAAAGCAUUCGAGAAGGUUCUAGAAUUGGAAGGAGACAAGGGAGAGUGGGGAUUCAAAGCGUUGAAACAGAUGAUCAAAAUCACUUUUGGCCAGAAUCGUCUCGAGAAAAUGUUGGAUUACUAUCGAGAGCUGCUCACUUAUAUUAAGACUGCUGUCACCAAAAACUACUCGGAAAAAUCGAUCAACGCAAUUCUGGACUACAUUUCGACGUCUCGCCAAAUGGACCUCCUUCAACACUUCUACGAAACGACGCUCGACGCGUUGAAGGACGCGAAAAACGAGCGUCUGUGGUUCAAAACGAACACGAAACUCGGCAAACUGUUCUUCGAUUUACACGAAUUCGGGAAAUUGGAGAAAAUAGUGAAACAGCUGAAAUUCUCCACGAAAAUGGAGACUUUUUUGUGCGAAAUUAUUAUCUCAAAACUAACCGAAAACCGUGAGGAUUCUGGUUAUGUCGGGGCACACGAAGGGCAAUUAGACAGUAUUAUGGCGGACCCGUUCAUUCGUGAGCACACCGAAGAGCUAAUGAAUAACAUCCGCACCCAAGUGCUCCUCCGUUUGAUUCGUCCAUAUACAAACGUCCGAAUUUCGUAUCUCUCGAAAAAGUUGAAAGUUUCCGAAGGAGAAGUUAUCGAUUUAUUGGUUGGAGCUAUCCUAGAUGAUGGUCUUGAAGCGAAAAUCAAUGAAGAGUCUGGAAUGAUCGAAAUGCCGAAAAAUAAGAAAAAGAUGACUGUUUCCACUUUGGUCGUACCAAAUGCUGGAGAUUCGGCAGCAGUGAAAUCCGACUCAAAAGAAGGCACCUCAUCAUCGGAUGGCACUUCCUCAUCGGCCACUCAACCAAUACUCUCCGGACCACCACCAACGUCUUGUAAUCAGGAAUUAUCACUCGAAGGACUUCGUCUAUGGGCUGAUCGAAUCGAUUCGAUUCAAUCAUCGAUCGCUGUCUACAAGAAAGUCAUGUAG